AUAGCAAAUGAACGAACAUACUUGGCAUGGUUGAGGACGUCGCUUUCAUUGAUAACCGUGGGAGUUGCGAUCACCCAGCUGUACCACCUAUCACCGGGCGACACGACGGGCAUGGAUCAUCGGAAGCUAGGCCGGGCAGUAGGCGCAAUUUUUGUAACAUUCAGCAUUUUAUUUUUGUACUUUGGGAAUGCCCGCUACUUUCACGCCCAACAUGCAAUGUGCAAUGGCUUCUUCCCUGCAAGCCGGGGAUCUGUUUUGUUUGCAUCUGCUGCAGUACUGGGAAUUCUGCUUGCCAUGUUUGUGGUACUCUUGAUGGAGCACACUUAA